AACUUCCUUAAACUCACUUCUGCAAUCGCAGUGAGUUCUGUGCGCACUUUCCUCCGAUCCUCCUGAGAAGCUGGUUCAGACAUGUCGGGAGUCGCAUCCACUUUGGCCAAGAAGCGAGCCCGGGCUGCGGGUUUCGGCACCAACGCGAACGCCAAUAAAUACCUGGACCAGGACUACGAGGCGCUCCGGAGCCAGCACCAGGGUCAGCUGUUCUGUGAUCCUUACUUCCCAGCUGCGCCGGAGUCCCUGGGCUUUCGGGAACUCGGACCCAAUUCCUCCAAGACCAGGGGUGUGCAAUGGAAAAGACCUGGAGAGCUGUGCUCCAGACCUCAGUUCAUCGUCGGAGGAGCUACGCGGACCGAUAUCUGCCAAGGAGCUCUGGGGGACUGCUGGCUCUUGGCGGCCAUCGCCUCUCUCACGCUGAACCACGAUGUGAUGGCCAGGGUGAUCCCCAGCGGCCAGGAUUUCGAAUCUGGCUAUGCCGGAAUCUUCCACUUUGAGUUCUGGCAGUUUGGCGAGUGGGUGGACGUCGUCAUCGACGAUCGGCUACCCACGAAGGAUGGAAAGCUGCUGUUUGUCCACUCGGCAGAAGGCAACGAGUUUUGGAGCGCCCUACUGGAAAAGGCCUACGCUAAGGUGAACGGCUCGUACGAGGCUCUGUCUGGAGGCUCCACCACCGAGGGCUUUGAGGAUUUCACCGGCGGAAUUGCCGAGCAGUACGAGCUGAGGAAAGCGCCGGCGAACAUGUUCCAGAUCAUCCAGAAAGCUCUGGCAUCUGGAGCGCUGCUCGGCUGCUCCAUAGACAUCACGAGUGCUGCUGAUUCAGAGGCCAUCACUCGGCAGAAAUUGGUGAAGGGACACGCCUACUCGCUGACAGGGGCUGUCGAGGUCAAUUACCGUGGUGGUCUGGAGAAGCUGGUGCGCAUGAGGAACCCGUGGGGUCAGGUGGAGUGGACUGGAGCCUGGAGUGAUGGCUCAUCUGAGUGGAACUCUGUGGAUCCUUCGGAGCGGCCGAACGCCAACGCGGAAGACGGAGAGUUUUGGAUGUCGUUUUCCGAGUUCCAGCGGCAGUACUCGCGUAUCGAGAUCUGCACCCUGACGCCAGACGCCGUCACUAGCGACCAGGUCAAGCCAUGGAGCGUGAAAAACUAUAGCGGGAACUGGAGGAGGGGCUCCACAGCUGGAGGCUGCAGGAAUCAUGCUCAAACGUUCUGGAUGAACCCGCAGUUUGUCAUGAAGGUGAACGAAGAGGACGACGACCCGAAUGACAACGAGAAGGGCUGCAGCCUCUUAGUGGGUCUGAUCCAGAAGAACCGGCGCCGUUUAAGAAAGGAGGGAGGGGACAUGCACACCAUCGGCUACGCCAUCUACGAGGUGCCUUCCCAGUUCCAAGGCCAGACGAACUUGCACCUGGACAAGAACUUUUUCCUGACGCACGCGCAAACAGCUCGCUCCGAGACCUUCAUCAACCUGCGCGAGGUCAGCACCCGGUUCAAGCUGCCAGCCGGCGAAUACCUCGUCGUUCCCUCCACCUUCGAACCCCACUUGGAUGGCGACUUCUGCCUGCGCGUCUUCUCUGAGAAGCAGACCGAAACACAGCGCUGCGAUGAUCCUGUCGAUGCUAAAUUAGAAGACGAAACCGUGUCCGAUAGUGAAGUAGAGGGAAGCUUCAGGAGCCUGUUCAUGAAACUGGCAGGAGCUGACAUGGAGAUCUCUGCUGUGGAGCUCAGAUCAAUACUGAACAAAGUUGUCGCAAAACGAACUGACAUUAAGACAGACGGCUUCUCCUUGGACACAUGUCGCACCAUGGUCAACAUCAUGGAUGACAGCGGCAAUGGAAAGCUUGGCUUGGGCGAGUUCGCUACGUUGUGGAAGAAAGUGCAGAGAUACAUGAACAUCUAUAAGGAAAAUGACAUGGAUAACUCCGGGAAUAUAAGCACAACAGAGCUUCGUGGGGCAUUGGCGAAAGCUGGAUUUAGUCUGAAUGAUACCAUCUUCCAGCUGUUGGUGGCCCGCUACGCUGUUACUGACCUCACCAUUGAUUUUGAUGACUUUGUGAGCUGCCUUAUGCGAUUGGAACUGAUGUUCCGAGUUUUCCAGAAGAUGGAUCCACACAACACCGGUUUCUUAGAGAUGGACUUUCAAAUGUGGCUGUGCUUAACUAUGAUCUGAACGGCUCCAGCCUGAGCGCAGCAGAGAAGCUAAGAGUCCAAUCUUAAAAAUUGUCCGUUGCUUAAACAUGAUUCUUAAAGCAGGCAGUGUGCGUAAGAAUUCAAGAACAUUUUUGUGCGUCUAGAGUAAAUUUAGUAGGAAAGUUAAAAGUGUGCUGUAAUACCGAUUACCGAUAGAUUUGUGUCUAAGCAGUUAAUACUAUAUGCUAUGUAUUUAAAAAAAAAAAAAAAGAUUGUAUUGUUCACUUUUUGGAUGCUUUUUUGAUAGAUGGUUACCAAAGUUUGAAUUUCUUUCUGGUUUUAUGGUAUAUUAUUGAGCCAAAAUCGAGUCAUCACCAAAGAUAAGUGCCUUGGAAUAGAUAUGGGCUGAUAUGUAAUGUUUUAUAUAGCACGAUAUCCGAUGAUGUGACAAUAUUGGAUAAUUCAAAAAUCUGUCCUUGGUUUUAUUUGGUUGAAGGGUAAGGGAUGAGGGUGAGGAAAAAUCAAGGCUAUCUAUUUAUAAUUAAAAACACUAGGCUACUCUCAAAUCUGUUAAAUGUUUAUGAAGAAGUUUAUUAUGGUGUGAUAUCCCUGCUGAUAAAAACAAUAGAAACCAUUACAGACAUCCUAAUGAUUUCCACUACAAUAUUUUUUGGUCCAUAUUCAUAUUAAGAUUUAAUGGUUUGUAUUGGUUCUCAAACAUAUUUCAUAUAUAAAACAGUUUAUUAUCCAACUUGGAUUACAUUUCUGGUUUAAAACGACACUUUCGGGGGUACUUUAAUCUGAAACGCUGCAUGAUUUCAUUGUAAGGGUUGUGUUUUGGCGGGAGUGGAAUUUUAAAAAAUAUAUAUAUUAUUAUUAUUAUUUUAUUUUCUCUUCAUGGUGGUGUCCAUAAAUAUUUCACAAUGUACUGACAAAUCGAUGUAUUUCGGCUUUUCCUCACCAUUAAACUUUUUUUUUUAAAGGUC